AUGUACAAUUGUCAUAACUAUGAUACUUCAGUUCGUAACAAGGAAACCCAUGUUGGAAUGAAAAUAACUUUUCGUUAUAACUUUCACAAAUUGUGUGCAUAUAAAUUGCAAGAGAAAUGUCUUCUGCAUAGAAGACCAAAAGUAGCAAAACUUCAAAACUGUUUCGUGUUGCAGCAUAAAUGUCUUUCUUUACUUGAAGGAAGAAGGAUGGAUGAGGAGAAACAUGAAAGAGGUUUAAGCUUUUUAUUUUCUCAUUCGAAUCCAUUUAGAAAAGUUGUUUCUACUCUUCCAAAUGUGUCACUUGUGCCAGCGCCUAAAUGUCAGAAGCUAAAAUAUUGGCUCAACUCCAGACUAAAUGAGACUUGUUUGAGCCACUUCAGCUUUCAUGCAAGAGGAAAAUAA